AUGAGUCUUGAUACGACUGACGAGCUCUGGCUGAGUGAGGAGGACGAGGAUGAAUACGAGGAUGAGAAUGACUUGGCUGAUCCGAAGUAUUUUGACCUGAGCUUGACAUAUCAAGGUCCACCUGGUGACUUUCACACCCGCAACCGACCAGGCCAGCGACAGCGACAGGUGGUUUCCGACUUUGGCACGGGGCGAACGAAGCACAGGUCUGCUUAUCAGGUCGGUUGUGAGGCAAAAGUCAUGAUACACGGCCGAUGGGGGGGAACAGGUCCUGACUCGCACAAGUGGGCGACCCUCUUGGUCUACCAAUUCGAAUUUCAUUCCUACCGCGGACGUCGACUCAAGGCGGCCGACAUUCGCUUCGAAUUCCAGCCAAUGCGGGGGCAAUCCAACAAGGUAUUUGUGGCAGAGAUACGGCCGGACCGUGUGUUCAAGGUCGAACGAACGGAGCAAACUGAGCACUCCAAGCACGGUCUCGAUCUCACUAUUGGAGCGCAAGCUGGGGCGGCGGCGAACGCCUCCAUCACCAUCUCCAAUGAGACAGAGGUGGAGAAAGUCACAGCCCAUCACACGGUGAUCACUGGCGACAAACCUGCGGAUAUUUACGGUGAUCGGUACGAGGCCCAUUUCUCUCUGACGGAGAACCAGUCACAAGAGGACGGGAUUCCCACGCGACUGACAACAUGUAUCCUUCUGAAACGGGACACAGAGGGUGACUUUGUUUGUGUCCCCUACAUCCAUGUCACCCCCGAUUUCAAGACGAUGGUUGGCCAACUGUUCUCUUCCAGAGACAGAGAUGACCCUAUUUGGUUCAGUCCAUCUGAGCCGGCAUUCAAUCAGUUGGAAGGGAGAGCUAUUGACCCGGAGAAUCUCGGAGCCACCUGUCUAGACCAGCUAUGGGAUUGUACUAUGUAUACCCAACGCGCUGGGGAUGAUAUCGAGUCCUACCUUUGGGAGCCUGAGCAGGAAACAUUCUCGUCCGCUGGCCUUGGAAAUGAAUGGCAGGGACUAUCAUCGGGUGAACGGCUGCGGAAAUUGAUGCAGCUGUUAGCCACCGGGGCGAGAUGGGAAUCUCUCGAUCCGCAGGUGAAGCAGUACGUAACGUACCGCAAUCCGAUGGACCAGACAACACCCACCGUCCUGCAUCACUUAUCCCUGACGCAAGGCGAUGAUACCUAUGAAUUUUACCAGCUUCACGAGGAGACGCGCACUAGCAUUCUUGCUUUUCUCCUUGAAGACCACCUGCAACCGGAUCGAGUAGCCAAAGGAGACUACCCGGUCCUUGCCAGGGCGUUCCAGAGGUAUAAUCUUUCGUUUCUGACCAUGAUUUCGACCAGCCCUCAUCUCCGGAGCUAUCUACCAGGUCUGCUCCAGGCUUCUCACCUGCUCCAGCGCCAAAACUCUCUGCAUCUGGCAUUCCGUUGGCUGCCGAUGGAGCUCAAGCCGAUCCUCAUGAAGGACCCUCCCAAUGUCACGCAGGUUCGGGAAAAAUUGGAGACACUGAUGCGAAUCAUCCGGGAAUGGAUUAACGAGGCCCCUGUGACGGCCAUCACUGCCCGAGACACAGAUGGGAACACCCCUUUGCAUUACGGGAUGCGAUAUGUACUGUGCUAUUACUUGAACCCAGCGGGGCAGACCUGCCAGACCCCGGUCGACUUUCUAUUCAAUAAUGACGACAAAUCCCCAUAUCUGACAUAUCUGGAGACCAAGGUCAUGUUCGACAAAAAGCGGCCUCGGUCAGCUCCGCCGUCUGUGCUCCCAUACGGGGAGGGGUCAGGAGUCAAGAAAAGUGAUCGUCUUGCCAAGGAAAAUCGACCGGACCUACGACCAGAAGGCAGAAUUGGAACCAUCGAUCAAGAGAAGGCAAAGCAAAUGGAGGAGAGCAACUCUAGGGCUAUCACGGGGCUGUUAUUGGAGACCUCGAACCCUCCCACCGCCGUUUUCCCUCUCCCGGCCGGCAGAGGACCCCCGUCGCAGCUGCCCCCAGUACAGAAUCCCAUCCGCCAACCCUCGCUGCGCCCUCAGAAAAUGCAUCUUCCGGGUGGCAGCGGCCAGGACCCCAAGUCUGUGGCGGCGGCAGCGGCAUCGUCGUCCGGUGCUCGGUCCCCGGUCGUCAAGCCCGUCACCGUAACCAUGGCCAACGAGCAUGCAACUAGACAAACACUGCAGGUCGACAACGAGGGCCCGAAAAGACAGGCCGCCGAUUCAAUUCGCCAGUAUCUCCGACUGCAUUAUAUUCGAACAAGGUCCGACAUGGAUGCCAAGAACCUGCUCUACGGCAAAAUAGCCUCAGAUAAGAAUCUGUAUUUUGAUGCCUCCCACCUGAGAGGGCGAGAGCCUGCGCAGGUUGUUCACUUGAUCCGGAGGUUGGGCAAAGCCGGAGGAUUCGAAGACACUCUUUCCUAUGUCAAGAUUCCCCUAUUGUCAGAGCCAUACUGGCUACCAGAGCAGAUGAUCAAGGCCAAUGGAGCGAACGCAGCGAAUGACAAAAGGCCACGGAAGAGCACCCCUGGUCAGGACAAAUCGCUGCUCGGGCGCAAUGCCCUCGUCGCUAUAUUCGACGAGCUGGCUGCUGCCAACGUCCGGACCAUUCUACGCCUGCAAGUUGAGGAUAACGGCGACGAACUGGCCCAUUCAGAUACAGCCAUCGAACGGGCGAUCAAAGGGCGGGAUUUACCGGAUAUAAGCAUCGAUGUGAUCAUAUAUGCUGCACCGACGAUCAAACAUCUUCAUUUGCACUGGGGUGGGAGUCAAACUGUGCUCCGAGGGUGGACCAAGGGAAUCUUAGAAUUAUACAAACCCCGUAAACGGCUCUCUUCGGUCAAUCUGCAUAUAUAUCAGGUCCAAGUUGAUACAACCCACCACAAGGGAAGAGUGGUGACACAUAUGCGAGCCGAUGAUGAGUCUCAUCACUCCCUGGAUACGAGCGAUGUGGCCAAUGAAACACAAUAUAGGUGGGUAACUCGAAUGGAGGAGUUCCGAGAUGCAAUGCAUAAAAUGCAUGAGGCUCUGAAGGAGAAAGUGCCACUGCAGCCGCCACGAGUCAAGGUGGCACUCAUCGACGAUGGCCUGGAUUACGGAGAUUUUGAUGUUUUUCCGCACACCGAGGUGCGAGGACUCAGCUGCUAUCCUGGCAUUGGGCAGAACGGGCGGCCAUGGCAUGAAUCGACCAAGGGCCAUGGAACCGCGAUGGCCAAUAUGAUUCUCCGCAUCAACCCGUGGAUCCAUCUGUUGGUCAUUCGCAUUGAGGAUGGUAUCUCGUACGCGAAGCCCGGCCUCGCUGCUCGGACAAUCAAUCCCAACAGCGUGGCUCAUGCGAUUGAGAUGGCAAUCAUUCACAAGGUCGACAUCAUUUCCAUGUCGUGGACUGUGCGCAAACGGAUGCCCGAAGCCCGCAGCGCCUCGAGUAGCAACAUUAGGGGUAAUGCUGUCAGCGGGGCGCCAAAGAAAUCCAUCGACGAACAGGGCGGGGGCAUUGGACGGCUGGAAACGGCCAUCAAGCAGGCUGCCACGGAAGACAUUUUGAUGGUGUGUGCGGCGGCGGACGACAUCGAGCUGCUCGGAAAGGAUACCCUGCCGUACAGCGCGGCGAUGGAACAAAUCUUCCGCAUCGGGGCCUGCAAUUCGCAAGCGCAGCGCGAUCCCGGGUCGGAGAAUGCGCGCACGAUUGCGUAUUUCCUGCCGGGGAUCCAGGUCGCCGAGGCGCGACGGCCCAACUCGCUCAAGCCGAUCGUCUACCACGACGGCUCCUCGAUCUCCACUGCUCUAGCCGCGGGACUGAUGUCGAUGAUCCUGCACUGUGUCCGCUACAUGGCCCAAUGCCACGAGGUGAACGCUUCCUCCCCGGAUGGCUCCUCUCCUUACGGGAUCAAUCGGUCCGCGGGAUGGGGGGGAGCGCUUCGGCGACACAACAAUAUGCGGGCUGCGUUGCGGAACAUUGUUACUUAUUCGGGGCCUGGGGAACAGGAGGACCCCAAACAGCUUCCUGUUUGGCGGAUCUUCGGUGACACAGCGCAGAAGCUGAAUGAUGCCUCCGGUGUUCAGAAAGUCGAGAAGCUAUGGGACUUGGUGGCUCAUCUUUGCCAUGGUCUGGAGAAUUAG